AGUUCUGGCUGUCACAGAUUUUGAAUUGAAAUUGAAUUGAAAAUCUACACAUACGACAUUUAAACUUUGGUGUUUGGUCGAAGCUUUUAAACGAUCAACCCAAAGAAAGGUCAUGGAAAAGGAAGUGAAAAUGUGAUCGGUUGCUAGGGAUCGUAUAAUCAAUUUAUUAAUUCUCAAGGACAAAUAUUUGGUCAGGUCAAUGUAUUUAGCAUUUUUUGUUGAAAUCAGGUUAAGUUCUACGUUAGUGAGGACAUUCUUCUAACUAUAAACAAUGAAUGAUACAGAGAUUGAAAAUUUAAAAACUGAACUGGAACACGAAAAAACUUGCAGGGAAUCAGCAGCAUGGCAAAAUGGUGAACUAGAGAAACAAAUAGUCUACAUACAAGACGAACUGCGUAAGACAGAUCAUCCUUGGGAUUCAGACAUUGAUUUGCAAAAGGAAAGCCUGAGACAUAAACAGCUGCUUGAAGCGAUUGAUACUUUGAAGGAACAGUUACCAAUAUUGAAAGACAAAAUUAAGGGGGCGAAGAUUUGUGGACCAGACUGCAAAUUAAAGCAUGAUGAUCUCAACAUAAACUUGGACAUCCUUACUCCAGCUGAAUUGUUGCGUACUGUUAAACGUUUUGAGAGGCUCAAAACGGAUCUCAUAAGUACGUUACGGAGUAAGGAAUGGCGUUUAGAUUCAGAAUCUAAGUUGUUCGUAAGAGUGAACGAUCAAAGGACGUAUUUGCAGAAUGAACUUUUGAUUUGCCAGAACAACAUCAUGCGUCUUCAGAGGAAUGGGUCCUAUUGGCAGCACGUCCCUCGCAAGAACGACGAGAGAGUCUUGGAUCCAAAGCGAGGUCCGAUACGGAAGAUAUUUGGCAACGAGCGAUUACCCCCAAUUAUCACUUAAAUAAUUAAGAACUCAGAAUUGAUAAUAUAUUCGUAAUUUCGUAUUUUAAGUAGAAAUAAGUACCUACGGGCAAAAUAUGCUGUACAAAAAAGAUUGGAGUGUCUACUUUACAGACUAUUAUAGUCUUUGAUAUAGUAGAUGUACGAAGUGACGACGGAAAUAAAAAAAAAUCAAAAAAGGUACAUAUAAAUUAGAGCAAUUAUGUAGACACUCCGUAUAUAGUUGUUGGAUUAAGUAGUAAUGGACAAGUACAAAAAGUUAGGCGUGUGUAUUUUACAGUCUGUUAUAGUCAUUGGCAUAUUUAGUGUGUGAUUGUUAUAAAUACAUAACAAUUAAAACUCAGAGAGUCAGAGAUGUAGGUAGGUAUGGGCAAAGUCGUUUGUACGUUUGGAAUGUCUACUUUACAGUCCAUUAUUAAUUCUUUGGUAUAGAAAGACCGACGUGUAUUCAAAUAAAAAAUCAUUAGAUUUUAUUCUCAAAUUACACAUUGUCACUUCUUCCUCGUGCAAUAAAUGUAGUCUAAAUUAAGAGUUAUCAUUAGUAGGUAUAAUAGAACAAAAUACGUUUAAGUUCUUAUUUAGAGUUUCUUUAGCAUGUAAGACAAAUUAAGUACUUCAAAGGUAAAUAGAUGAUGGUAAAAAUAGAUAGUUAGAGACAAAUUUUGUUCGUUUUAUUAAAUGUAUGAAUAUGAAUGAUCUCAGCACUUUUAAAAAUACGGUAAGUGUAAUCAACUUAUUACUAAUUGUUAUUAUUUAUGCUAAUUAUUGAAAUACUAGUAAUUAAUUAAUAAAUUAAUUAAAAUCUACAA